CAGCAAGCCCUGCCCGAGCGAAGUUCAGCCAGCGUUUGUACUGGCCGCGAGCGGUGUUCCGGCCUCGCUCCAGUUCCGCUCCUGGGAGCCGAACCGCCCCGGCAAUGGCAGGCCGCAAGGCGCUCAUCGUGCUGGCGCACCCCGAGAAAACCUCUUUCAAUCACGCCAUGGCAGCAGCAGCCAGCAGCGCGCUGCGGGACAAGGGCUGGGAAGUCACCAUCUCAGACCUCUACGCCAUCGGGUUCAAUGCCGUGCUCUCACGGCGUGACAUCACCGGGCCCCCCAAGAACCCCGAGCACUUUGUCUACGAGAUGGAGAUGGGGCAUGCAUGGAAGGAGGGACGCCUCAGCAGUGACAUCGUCACCGAGCAGAAGAAGAUUGAAGCGGCCGACCUGGUCAUCUUCCAGUUCCCGCUGCAGUGGUUUGGGAUGCCAGCCAUCCUCAAGGGCUGGUUCGACCGCGUUUUCGUCGACGGCUUCGCCUAUUCCUUGGCCAGCAUGUACGACCAGGGGCCCUUCCAGAAGAAAAAAGCCAUGCUGUCACUCACCACCGGCGGGAUGGGCUCCAUGUACAGCCCCAGCGGCAUCAACGGCGACAUGAACGUGCUGCUGUGGCCCAUGCAGCGGGGGACUCUGCACUUCUGCGGCUUCCAGGUUCUGGCGCCCCAGAUUUUCUACAGCGUGCGCUACGCGAGUCCUGAGGCGCGGGCACAGAUGCUGAGUGCAUGGAAGAGCCGCCUGGCAGCCGUGGAGCAGGAGAAGCCCCUCAGCUUCGUCCCCAAUAGCUGCUUUGAGAUGAGCCUGGCCGGCGGCUUCGUUCUGAAGCGCGAGGUGCUGGCGCAGCAGGAGGGGCAGCAGCACGGCCUGUCGGUGGGGCAGCACCUGGGCAAGGCCGUGCCCCUCAACGAGCAGCUCCAGGCCCAGAAGUAGCAGCCAGGCCCUGCGCCUGCACUGAGACCCAGGCCUGGCCUCACAGCACCGUGGCAAGGGCAGUCCCCACACCUGCAUGCACUUGUUUUUCUGUGUUCUCUUUCUUGACAUUUUUCUGUACAAUUUUAUUCAAAAUCAAGGCUUCGGGGCUCAAGGGAAGGGCCCGGGGUUGAGGCCUGCGUGAAUGCAACAAUAAAUUGAGGUCCAGAACCUG